AUGAAUGAAUUUAUCUUUGAGAGAGCCAAGUUCCAGCAAAGAUAUAACUGCACUUUCUACAAUGUAGACAGUAUCCCCGUGGCUGAGCGACAGCAUGAUUACAUUGGCUUGGUAUAUGUGACGGUUUGUCCGCCUUUAAUGGUAAGUUCACGAUAUCUUUAAAAUUCGUAUCGCAUUAUAAAAUACGAAGACCUAUUUACUGAAUUACAAUCGCUUUUCGUAUUAAUAUGUUCCACUGUAACGUAUGUCUUCUAAUUUUAUAUCCUACUACAAACGUUAAAACACAUGUUCGUGUUAAUAAUAUAUUAUACCACAAGGUUCAAAUAUUCUUUUUUUAAACUCAUAUUUCAGUUUUUGUACCUCUUAUGUUUGCUAUGUAUAUGGAUUAGCGAACAGUUUAAGCGACCUACAUAUAAACUUAUGUUCAUAAUGGGAAUGAUUCAUAUUAGUGGACUUACUACGACAGGCUUACUAGGAGGCUUAUUUUACAUAAGAGGUGAUGUAUAUUGUUCUUCACCGUUGUUAAUAUACAUAACUGGGGCCCUUGACGUAGGUAAGGCAAAUUUACUUUUUUCUCAUUUUUUAUUUUUUUUAAAUCGCUGAUUUACGUAAUAAGUAAAUCGUACUUUCAAUCCUUCGGAUACUCUACUACAAAAUACUUUAGCCUCACUAUGUGCCGGCAGUGCCACCAACCUUCUCCUAACCCUAAACAGAUGCUGUAUCAUGUACAGUGCAAAACUCAAUGAAUUUUUGUUCGGCUCAAGGUCAAUAUAUUUGUGGAUUCUGGCCAUAUUUUCGUAUUAUUUAGGAGUUCUGUUCUUUGUUCCUGUUCCAUUAUUCAACUCGUAUGAGAUGACAUAUGUCCCUAACCCUCAUGUUGGCUACUUUGAAGAUGCGACCAAUCAAUAUAUUGUCGUAUGGGGACUGUUUCACAACUCGGUCGACUUUUGUGUUAGUAUUGUUGAGAUUGUCACUUUUCUGACGCUUUAUCACUACAAAAGAAAUAGUAAUCGUGAUGGGAACAAUAAUGGAUUUGACCAUCAGGUACAUUUAUAAGUUUUGAAUGAAGUAUUACAUUAUUAAUUACUAUAAUAAAUUUGUUUUGCCUUAAACCUUUAGGAACACUGCUACACCUUUAAAAAUCAAAAUCAUAACAAAAUCUCAAGUGCUAAUUUAAAACAUGAAAUUUAUAGAUGUUUAUCCAAGUAUUACUGAUCCACUUGUUUCAAUUGUUAACUAGUGUAGGCUUAAACUACAUUCGCUUGUUUCCCACAACCAAAAUGAUUAAUUUUUCAGUUAAUUGCAUUUACUUGGUCUCACAAGGUAAGUCAAAACAUGGUUAAACUAGAUAUUAUAACUACUAACAAUAGUAAUGUAA